AAUCAAUCACAAACACAAAGCCAAGCUAUUUUUCACUUUUCUUUCUCUUGGAGUUGGAGGGGCCUUGGAAUCUUAUGCUCUCUCUCUCUCUCUGUGCAAAGUUCAUGGCAAUUUCUGACAACCUCCCCACCCAGUAGUUUUUAUUUCCCAUGCCACUACAAAACACCUACAUCUCGUAGCAGAUACCAUAUUGGAGCUCGUAUACUGUUAGAUGCUGCUCCACAGUUAACCACCCAAUAGAAACAAUCCUCCCUUUUCUACUAUUUUUUCCCCGCCCCCCUCUCUCACUCUUUCUUCUAUAUAUGCAUUGCAUUCAUCAGUUGUGUUAGAUCAGGAGCUAUUUAAGUAAAGCUACUACUAUAGUCCUCUGAUUCUUUGCAGUUAAAUGGGAAAGAAGGGAGGGAGUUCAUGGCUGACGGCGAUGAAGAGGGCCUUUAGGUCUCCAAGUAAAGACUCUGAGAAGAAGAGCUCCAGGAGGAAAGUUGAGCACCAGCAAGAAGAGGAGGAAGAGAAGAGGACUGAAAGGAGGAGAUGGCUGUUCAGGAAACAUAAUCAGCUAAGUGAAGCAAAGGAGACGACGGACUGCAUGGCGCCCAAGACUCCUGUGUUGCCUGCUGAGCAGAGACACGCCAUUGCCGUGGCAGCAGCCACCGGCUGCCGUUGCAACUGCUAAAGCUGCGGUGGAGAUAAUUCGGUUGUCGGCGCAGCCUUCCUCUAAUGCUACUUCAUUUAAACAGCACUCUGCUGCCAGAGUCAUUCAAACAGCUUUUAGAGGCUAUCUUGCAAGGAGAGCUCUGGUUGCGCUCAAGGGGAUUGUGAAACUUCAGGCUCUAAUCAGAGGGCAGAAUGUUCGGAAGCAAGCAAACAUGACCAUGAAAUGCAUGCAGGCGCUGCUCCGAGUGCAGGCGCGGGUUCGGGAUCAACGCGCCCGCCUCUCCCACGACGGCGGAAGAAGGUCAAUGUUUGCAGAAACCAACAACUUAUGGGAGUCAAAGUACCUGAAAGACAUCAGAGAGAGGAAGUCCAGAUCUAGAGAAGGAAGCUGUGUAACUGAUGAUUGGAGGGACUGCCCACGAACACUUGAAGAGCUUGAAGCAAUCUUGAAGGCCAGAAAUGAAGCUGCAUUGACACAUGAAAAGUCCCUGGCUUUUGCUUUCUCUCAACAGAACAAAAUCCUGGAUUCUGACAGGAUCCCGUAUGAUGGAGAAGAAAAUGAGGUAGAAAACAGAGCAAAUUGGCUUGAUAGGUGGAUGGCAACAAAGCAGUGGGAGAACAGCAGCAGGGCUUCAACCGAUUACAGAAGAGAUUCCAUAAAGACUGUUGAGGUUGACUCACUAAGAACAUCCUCAUACUCAGCAACAAAUGGUCGAAAAUCACGCUGCCAAAGUCCCAUCCACAGACAAGCCGCCGCAUCUCCUCACCACAGAUCAUUCCACAACGCUGCCCCAAUUCAAUCUCCGGCGACCCCAUCCCUCAUAUCUAAAACAAGACCUGCCCAAGUCCGGCCAGCCAGCCCCCGAUGCCUCAAGGAAGAAAAAAGCUAUUCAACUGCGAACACUCCGUCUCUGCGCUCCACACAGCGCUUCAACAGCAGCGUUUCCCGCAACAGCACGAGCGUCAACGAGGGACCCGGAAACGCUUCAAUUCCCAAUUACAUGGCCGCUACUGAGUCCGCAAAAGCGAGGAUCCGAUCGCAGAGUGCUCCACGACAGAGGCCCUCCACACCCGAGAGAGACCGCGGCGGCUCCGCCAGAAAACGCCUGUCUUACCCCAUACCCGAACCGUACUGCGUGAACUUCGGAUUCGGGUGCAACGGGUUCGGCCAGAAUAAUCUGAGAAGCCCCAGCUUCAAGAGCGUUCAGGCGGGGUACGUGGGGAUGGAGGAGCAGUCGAAUUACUCGUGCUAUACAGAGAGCAUCGGCGGAGAAAUUUCGCCGUGCUCGACGACGGAUUUGAGGAGGUGGUUACGGUGAAGCUGACAGGAACAAUGACUGCAGUGAUUGAGAGUCGAAUGCUGAUUGUGUACUGUUUCUUGAAAUUUGAUUGAAGCAUUGGUGGUGGGUGAGAAUUAAUUGGUGGGAAGAAAGAACAAUAACUGUUCAUUUCAUAACUCUAAUUUGUGCUUUUCUGUAAGCUGAAAAAUACAAGUGCUGCAUAUUUUGUUUUUCCUUCUUUUACUGCCUAAUAAUUUUUUAA